AUGGCUCCGUCGAUCUCACCGCAAGAUGGAUUCGAAGAUCGGAGCGAGCUAGGGCUUGCCCGACUCCUCCAUCGUCAGUUCAAGCUGUACAGCGGCGCAGUGGCAAUUGAAGGUGGUGGCUAUGCGCUCACCUAUUCGGGGUUGAACACCAAGGCUCUCAACCUCGUUCGAGAAAUACACCGUCACCAGAUUCGAUCCGAGGAACCAAUCGGUAUUCUCGCCCCUCGAAGUAUCAACCACGUUCUUGCGCAGGUAGCCGUGGUGUAUGCCGGCGGCACCUGUGUACCGCUGGAUCCUGGCCAUCCGGACCAGCAUCUGGAGAAUUUGCUGCGCAAUGUCGACGCUUCGCUGGUCCUGACUGAUCAGGAUCAUUGCCACCGGCUGCCCACCUUUCAGCAUAUCGUUGUGGACCACAAGUCCGAUGCAGAUGGGCCCGUGAAUCCCAUGGACGUGGCGUCGAACGGACCAAUGUCUUGCUCGCACUUGAUGCACACGUCUGGAACAACUGGGAAGCCAAAGGCGGUCCAAGUGUUGGCUGGAGGGUUGAUAAACCUGGCUUUCAACUCAUGGGCUCCAGUACGCAAAGGUCAUCGAUUCGCCCAUGUCACCCAUAUCGGGUUCGACGUGUCGUUGUACGAGAUAUGGGUCGCACUGCUGCGUGGAGCCACCAUGGUUGUUUAUCCCCAGGACGUCGUGCUGGAUCCAGUUGUCUUUGCACAACGCCUCCUGCAAGACAAGAUUGAUGUGGUGUUUCAGACGCCGGCGCUGUUGGCAUUAACGGCACAGACAUGUCCCCAGGCCUUCUCAACCGUGGAAGCCCUUCUGACCGGAGGCGAACCGAUCAAUGUGCCCACGAUCCGGACGAUCUUCGCGAACGGCCCGCCGAAACAACUGUUCAAUGCCUACGGUCCGACGGAAUGCUCUGUGUUUACCGCCACUCAUCGGGUUUCGGCAGAAGAUGUGGAAAAGGGCCAUAUCCCUCUCGGAAAGCCUCUCGAAAACUAUGAAGUCUUCGUGGUGGAUGAAGAUCUGCAACCGGUCAAGCAAGGAGAAGUAGGAGAACUAUUAGUUGGCGGUGUGGGCGUGGCAGCUGGAUACUACGGCGACCCUGAGAAGACAUCCAAGGCUUUCGUCCGCGCACCACAUCUGCCACUCAAGUCCAACAAGGGACCGGGACACCUCUACCGGACUGGAGACCUGGUUCGAAUCAACGAAUCCGGUCUGUUGGACUAUCUGGGUCGACGUGACCAUCAGGUCAAGAUCCGCGGCCAGAGAAUUGAGCUCGAAGAGGUGGAGCACGUCCUCUGGGAUACAAAACUCGUAUCUGUCGCUGUGGCGAUGAAAGUGCAGACCGAUGAGUCUGACGCCGGGUCCUCGAUCUUACUUGCCUAUGUCGUUCCUCUCUCCACAGAUGUUAAUGCUGCUUCGAUCACGCAAGCAUAUACCAAGCUGGCGCCACACAUCAUGGUGCCCCGCAUCGAGUUGAUGGACGAGCUUCCGAUCAACAGCAGCGGCAAGUUUGACAGAAAGAAACUGGCUGCCCAGUACCUUGAGCGGAUCACACGGGCGAAAAGCUUGAAAGGGUCUUUGGAUGCCGCAAUGGAAGACAACACCGAAAGCUACCUGCAGAAGAUCUGGCUGGAGAUCCUCGGUCUCCCCCUCGAAAAGCUGAAGCCGACUGACAACUUCUUUUCGAUUGGGGGUACCUCCUUGCAGGCGGCGAGCCUUGUCGCCAGAAUUCAGCGGUCGUUCGGGGUCGAAUUGCGUGCGGCAGCCUUGUACCAACAUCCGACGUUGGAUGAUUUGUCCAGGUUGAUUGAUACGCUCAAAAAAGGCGUUAAAUGGCGGGAAGGUACCCAGGACAAGGACGUCUUGCUCAGAGACUCGGAACUGGGCAAAGACUUGAAGCCCAUUGCCGGCCAGCUGCCUGACUGGCGGAGCCAAUUGGAGGGGCGAGUGUUCAUGACCGGGGCGACUGGCUUCGUCGGCGCAUUCCUUCUCGUGGAGCUGCUCGCCCUGCCUGAGACGAAGACGGUGGUGUGCUUGGUGCGUGCAAAGGAUGCGACCAUGGCACGCAUCCGGGUUAAAAGGACGCUGGAAAAAUACAGACUCCGUCUAGGCCCCGAAGAAGAGAAGAAGCUUUAUGUCCUGCCAGGCGAUUUCUCCCAGCCAGACUUGGGACUCGGUCAGGAGCAAUAUGAUUAUUUUGCGCAGUGGGCCAGUGUGGUUUUCCACCUGGGGGCGCAAGUCAACUACGUGCAGCCGUAUUCGACCCAUCGAUAUGCCAACGUGUUGGGAACGCUCCACAUCCUUCGUUUCGCGAACCACAAGCGACAAAAGGCGCUGCACUACUCAUCCAGCAUCGCAGCAUACGGUCCGACCGGAUUUGUGACCGGGGCGACCUAUCUCCCGGAGGAUGAGAAGCCAAUGGCACAUCUCGCUGCGCUCGCGUAUGACACGGGGUAUUCUCAGAGCCAGUAUGUCGCCGAAGUCGUGGUAUGGAAUGCCGUUGAGAACGGCCUGCCGGUUGCCAUCUACCGUCCCGGCUUUGUCGUGGGCCACAGCAAGACAGGAAUCGGCAACCCGGAUGACUUCGAUGGGCUGCUAUCCACUGCUCCCCAAACAGCGCAAGGAGUUUAUCCCGUCGACUUUGUCGUCUCUGCGAUGCUGCACAUUGCCUCGACGAAUGACAACCUGGGUCACGCGUACAACCUCGUUCAGCCGGAGGCCGGGGCAGCCAUCGAUCUCGAAACCACAUUCGAGAUUAUCAACGAGCUCUCUCCCACCACGCCCUUGCGAGGCCUGCCGUAUCCGGAGUGGGUGAAAUGUUUAUCGGAUGCGGUCGAGGAUCCUCUGCACCCGCUCGUGCCGAUGCUGCAGGAGAAGGUCCUCGGCGACCGGACUCGAUGGGAAGUCUACGAGAACAUGGCUUUCUAUGGCACAGAGAACUUGCGCCGUGCACUGGCGACUGCGCCGGAGCUUCUUCGGUGCGAGCCGAUGGCAGAGCUGUUCAAGAAAUAUCUCCCGCACUGGAGAGAAGCAAGUCAAUUCUAG